CAUUCUGGUCAUUUAGUCUGAUUUUAAUAAAGUUAAAUAUUAAAAGGAUAUUAAAGUAAAAGUUAUUCAAUUUUAAAUAGCGUGUGUUCAGUUUUUCUCUUCACUAUAUACAUAAACUGGUCAUUUAGUUCUGUUUUAUUGCAUGAGCACUUUGGCUCUUCGCUUUGAGGACUGUACAAAAACUUAUCUUAGGAACGUAUGGACAAAAUCUUUGCUUUUAAAAUCAAGACUGUCGUCACAUUAUUAUAUACUUCAUACUCCAUUUACUAUAUAUUAAUUGUUCGAAUUUUUCAGUUACAGAGAACAAUAACAAGAUGAGGAUAGUAGUCUUUGUUUUUGCAUUAUUUGCCACAAUGUGCUCAGUAUUUGCGUACGUACCACCUGUACGUAGACCAAUAGGUGGUUCUCAAUUUCCAACAUUCCCCGGUCAGGGGCCAUUUAAUCCAAGACUGAGAUGGCCAUAUCCACCGCCAAGGCGAAUGUUUUAAUAGUCAAACCAAGAACAAAUCCUACCUUCAUUAAGAGGUUCAAUAUGUGAAUUGUGGUGACGCAAUUUUUCAUGGUAAUAUGAAGGAUAAAUACAGUAUUGUCUCAACUUUAUAAUUAUGUAUAUGUAUAUCGAAAUAAGUAAAUCUAAUUUUACUUCAUUCUUCACUCAA